AUGGAGAAUCAUAAAGGAACAUGUCUAAUGGGACUUUCAAAAGAAUCAAUAGAAAAGGCAUUUAAAAAAGUAACACCAGACAAUUUACCCGAGGAACUAGAAUUAAAAUUACUGACAAACGAUAUGCAGAAUGACGCCGUUUUGUUUAUGAAACAAAACUUUGUAGCGCAUGAACCAUUGAUUCAUUUAUUUGAUGUGCAAUGGGACGAGGACACGGAAAAAUAUUGGAGAGCAGUAUUUGACCAUGGAAUGACUUUAGUUCUCACAAGUAAAAUAAGAGGUGAAAUAAUUUCUAUUCGAGCAAUUGAUAUUGUACGUAAAACAGACAAGGUCAAGACAACAAAUGUAGCAGACGAACGUCUUCGUAAUCUGCUGGAAUAUUUAAACUACUGCGACGACAAUGCGAACUUCUUUGAACACUACGGAACCGAUGCAGCAGUCCAUUUUUCGGGCCUUGCUGUUUCUGAGUCGUACAGGCGUAGAGGAAUUGCGACGUUACUGCUAAAAUGUGCUGUUGAAUUAAUUGAAACUUUGGGAUUAGAAUCUGUUCAUAUCAAAGGGGAAGCGUCGUCAGAUUAUUCGAAGAAGAUUUAUGAAAAAUUUGGCUUUGAAAUGCUUUUUGAACAAAUGUACGAAGAUUAUAGAGUAAACGGUAAACAAGUAAUAAGUAACAUAGGUGUGCACAAGACCAAUAAGAUUUAUGGAAAGACUGUCACGUGCUUAAAGUGA